CAUAAUUCAUAACCCACACUCAAUACUAAAAUCCUUAUCCAUCCCCCCCAAAACCACAAAAAAUCACCACCCCCAACACGCUUGAUAACAAAAAAAUGGCAACACUUCCACACUCCCUCCACUUCUCCUUCCCAACGUUCCACACAUCCUCAAAACUCUCUCAAUCACAUCUCACCCAAAAUCUUCCAUUUCCAUCCAUUUCUCUAACCCACUUGACCCAUCUCAAAGGACCCAUAAAACAAACCCGAUUCAUUCUCAAAGCCACCGAUAAUAAUGGAGCUCCAACCGAUGAAGAUCCGGAUAAUCAACAUAAACGGAGCUCCGAGGAGGAGGAGUCAUCGGGUUUGGGUACCGAGAUAAAGAAAGCAAUAAAGGAGAGAGAAAAGGGUGAAGAUUCGGAUGGUAUUGGAGGGUUUUUGAGUGGAGUAGUGGAGGAAAUUGGCCAGAUUGAGUGGCCUGAAUUUGGUAAAGUUAUUGGUACUACUGGUGUCGUUUUGGGUGUUAUUGCUGGUUCUAGUGUCGUUUUGCUUACUGUUAAUGGCGUUUUGGCUGAGCUCUCUGACCAGGUUUUUGCUGGUAAAGGAGUUCAGGACUUCUUUGGUGGGUGAAUAUUUUGUAACUUCUUUUUUAGUUUUGGAAAUCUUAUGAUGAAAUGCUGGUGAGUUUUGUAACUUUUGUGUUGCAUACUAACGAUUCAAAAAUGUUGUUGAUUUAUUUUAUAGAAUGAAAAAUAUAUUGUAUUGCUGUUUGUUGA